AGCAGUGUGAACGCUUCUGAGACUUUGAUGCACAAGGCAGGUUUAAAGUUUUCCAUUACAACACAGAGCCUUAAAACGGGUUAUCACUGGAUCGACUCCACAUUUAUGUCAUAGCUCUUGGGACUGCAAGGCUUUGUGUUCACAGGUUUUCCUCUUUUCUUUGCUGAUCAGAUCUAUCCUUUGUGGCUCAGAAUGCGACUGCUGUAUUCUGUGGUGUUCUUUGUGGGCCUGCUACAUCUGUCCUCCUCCUUCCUGCUGGGGGCCUUCAACAUCCAGUCAUUUGGGACGAAAAAAGCCUCAGACAAGAAUCUGAUGGAGACCAUCGCCCAGAUUGUUCGUCGCUAUGACAUCGUUCUGAUCCAGGAGGUCAGAGACAUUGACCUGUCAGCAACCAACAAAUUAAUGGAGUAUGUCAACAGAAUUUGUCCAACAUAUUCUUACAUUGUGAGUGAGCCUCUGGGUCGCAACACCUACAAGGAGAGAUAUCUUUUCCUAUACAGGGAGGAGAGCGUAUCUGUGGUUGAAAACUAUACAUACAACGACAUCAACAACAAAUUUAUGAGAGAACCUUUUAUCGUCAUGUUUUCAUCCAUAAAUACUGCCGUAAGCAGCUUUGUUCUGAUCCCCCAGCAUACCUCUCCUAGCUCAGCUGUGGAGGAGAUAGAUGCGCUCUACGACGUGGUGGAUGAUGUCUGCAAACGCUGGGAAACCAAAGACAUUGUGCUGCUGGGGGACUUUAACGCAGGCUGUUCAUAUGUGACAAGAAGAGACUGGGCAAAAAUCCGGCUCUACAGAGACAAGUCUUUCCAAUGGUUGAUCCCAGAUACGGUUGACACCACUGUCUCCAACUCUGGGUGCCCUUAUGACAGGAUUGUGGCCAAAGAAGACAUAAUGAGGGGAGUGGUGAUGGGCAGCGCAAAGGUUUAUGACUUCGAGGCCCACCUGCAUCUCAGUAAAGAACAGGCAAAGAAGAUUAGUGACCAUUUUCCAGUGGAGGUGGAGCUGAAGCCGAAGCUGGCCUAAGCUCUGUCUUCCUGAGCGACACACAGCUGAGAACAGUUUCACCAAUCAAGAAAGCUUGAAAUAAAUGGCCUAAAUUAAUCAAUAAUGAUUCCUCAUAAAACCCCCCACCUCUCCUUGCUUCUGAAAAUAAAUAAAAGCCUG